GCCUCCGCAGUGGGGCGCGGGUCACGUGUGAGGAGGGGCGAAAGUCUCGCAAAGCCGGGCGGCGUGCCGCGAGUUGGGAGUUCUCGGCGCGCCGCGGGCGGCGGGAGCUCGGGCUCCCGGGCAAGCCGGGGACGCGGCAGAGGCGGGGGCCUGGGUCCGAGACCGCGGGGGCCGCACCGAGAGUGGGAGGGAGGGAGAGAGACAGAGGCAGGGACCGGAGCGAGACAGAGACGCGCAGGGGAGAGACAGGGCAGGGGUAGAGGAAGGCAGGGGACAGACUGGGAAGGCGACGGAGACGAAGACAGGGACCCGCAGGGAGAGACCGAGAGACCGACUGGGGCAGGGGAGACCGGGAGAAACAGAGAGCCGAGGGCGCGGCGGGGGAGGUGGCGGCAGAGCCGGGGCUGGCCGGCCGCGGGGGUCUCGGGGCCAGAGGCGAGCGCAGCGGGGCAGGGAGCGGAGCGCAGGGCGGGGGACAGCGCGGAGUGACAGCGAGAGAACAGUGGGGGCGGCGGAGGGAAGGAGCCUGCGGCGGGGGCGGGGGGCGCCAGCGCCAUGGGUCCCCGGACCCUCGCGCUCUGAGCCCCGGCCCGGGGCCCGACGAUGCUGAAGCCGAGGCGGCGCCGAGGGCGCGGCGCGGGGCAGCGCUGAAAGUUGGGCGGCCCGCGGGGAGCGGCGCGGGACGGCCCGGAGACCGCGAGACCCGGGGACCGACGGACAGACCCACAGGCAGCCGGGGAGGGGGGGCGGGGCCGGCCCACCGAGUUCGCGGGGAGUGGGCGCCGGGACACCCUUCUCCCCGCCCGGGACGCCGCCCGCCCGACUGCGCCUGGGAUGUAGCGCCCGUUCGCCGCCUCCCGGAGACUCGUCGGACCCUGCGCCCCGCGGCCCUGCGUCUUCCCAGGUGACCACGCCGGCUUCAGGACAUGCACGGGCACAGCCGCAACGGGCAGGCCCACGUGCCCCGGCGGAAACGCCGCAACCGCUUCGUCAAGAAGAACGGCCAAUGCAACGUCUACUUCGCCAACCUGAGCAACAAGUCGCAGCGCUACAUGGCGGACAUCUUCACCACCUGCGUGGACACACGCUGGCGCUACAUGCUGAUGAUCUUUUCCGCGGCCUUCCUUGUCUCCUGGCUCUUUUUCGGCCUCCUCUUCUGGUGCAUCGCCUUCUUCCACGGUGACCUGGAGGCCGGCCCGGCGGGGGCCGCGGCGGGGGCCCCGGUGGCGGGAGGGGGCGGGGCGGCCCCGGCGGCCGCCAAGCCCUGCAUCAUGCAUGUGAACGGCUUCCUGGGUGCCUUCCUGUUCUCCGUGGAGACGCAGACUACCAUCGGCUAUGGGUUCCGAUGCGUGACGGAGGAGUGCCCGCUGGCGGUCAUCGCCGUGGUGGUCCAGUCCAUCGUGGGCUGCGUCAUCGACUCCUUCAUGAUCGGCACCAUCAUGGCCAAGAUGGCCCGGCCCAAGAAGCGGGCGCAGACGCUGCUGUUCAGCCACCACGCGGUCAUCUCGGUGCGCGACGGCAAGCUCUGCCUGAUGUGGCGCGUGGGCAACCUGCGCAAGAGCCACAUCGUGGAGGCCCACGUGCGGGCCCAGCUCAUCAAGCCCUACAUGACCCAGGAGGGCGAGUACCUGCCGCUGGACCAGCGGGACCUCAACGUGGGCUACGACAUCGGCCUGGACCGCAUCUUCCUGGUGUCGCCCAUCAUCAUCGUCCACGAGAUCGACGAGGACAGCCCGCUCUACGGCAUGGGCAAGGAGGAGCUGGAGUCGGAGGACUUUGAGAUCGUGGUCAUCCUGGAGGGCAUGGUGGAGGCCACGGCCAUGACCACCCAGGCCCGCAGCUCCUACCUGGCCAGCGAGAUCCUAUGGGGUCACCGCUUCGAGCCCGUGGUCUUUGAGGAGAAGAGCCACUACAAGGUGGACUACUCGCGCUUCCACAAGACCUACGAGGUGGCCGGCACGCCCUGCUGCUCCGCCCGGGAGCUGCAGGAGAGUAAGAUCACCGUGCUGCCCGCCCCACCGCCCCCGCCCAGUGCCUUCUGCUAUGAGAACGAGCUGGCCCUCAUGAGCCAGGAGGAAGAGGAGAUGGAGGAGGAGGCCGCGGCCGCUGCCGCCGUGGCCGCAGGCCUGGGCCUGGAGGCAGGCUCCAAGGAGGAGGCGGGCAUCAUCCGGAUGCUGGAGUUUGGCAGCCACCUGGAUCUGGAGCGCAUGCAAGCCACCCUCCCGCUGGACAACAUCUCCUACCGCAGGGAGUCCGCCAUCUGACCUCCAGGCCCGCCCUCUCGCUUCCCACCAGAGCCUCUUCCGGGGGUGGGCCGCCAGGACACCUCCACCGCACUCAGGACACAGUGGCUCACCCUGGCUCCAUGGACCUUCUGGAGAGAGCUGGGGGCUUCAGAGACUGGGAGGCCCCUUCCUACUGACUCCAGAACCCAGGCCUGGGAAAGAGCCAGGAUACCCUCGGUCUGGUCAGCCUGGGUUCUCCAGCACCUACCCACUGGCGGCUCAGGAACCCCAGACCCACCACCCUUUCCCCACCGACCCUUCAAGGACAUUCCCCCUUUGCUCUCAGAACCUUGGGGAAGGCGGCUGGACUGUCGGGGGGUGGGCAUCUGGGGGUUCCGGGGUGGGCCGGUGGUUAGUUUGAGGGGGUGGGAGGGGUGUGCGUUUCUUUUGCAUGACUGUGGUCUGUUGCUCAUGACUUUCUUUCGUAAAUAUCUAUAAAUGGAGAGAUGGAGGCACCACAUCCACCUUCUGCCAUUUGUACCUGCAGGGCGAGGAGGUGCACCCUCGCACUCCGCACCCCUCAAGCCCAACCUUCCCCUGCCCAGCUGGCUGGUCCCUUGAGACCCUCAGAGCCAGCUCUCUUGGCCCGUGGAUAGUACUGGGUUUGGGUGCAGAAGUGGGACCUCAAGGAGCAGGGUAAGGGCCAUCCCUCCCUGUGGGCCCUCUGGGCCUGCAGGCCCAGCCCAGGUUGACAAUGGAGUUUGUAACUAUAUAUUUUUAAUAAAGUAUAUGGUCCAUUAGCGGUAGGCUGAUUGAAGAUGGAGGGUUGGGAAGGAGAGAUAGAGGGAAACGGAGAGAGAGAGAGAGAGACCAACACGAUGCGUGUCUGUGUGUGGUACGUAUGUGUGUAUUGUGUGUAUGGGAUGUGUUUGUGUGUGUGUGUGGUAGGUUUGUGUGUAUUGCGUAUGUGUCUGUGCCCCUGAGAGACUGACCCUUGGAGGGAACUUCAUCACCUGCUGGUCUCCUUCCUGGGAGCCAGUGGGAAGGAUCCUAAGUGGCCCUAAGAGGUUUGAGUGGGUUUGAGUCAGAGCUUUGCUAUUAACAAGCUAUGUGGCUGUCAGCAAGUUGCCCAUCAGCUCUUGGUCUCAGCUUCACUAUCUUUAGAAUGGGAUGAACCAUAUCUUCUUCCUAAGUGAUGAUGGGCAGGGGAAGCCUGUGUGGACGUCAGCCAACCCUUUAUGACUCAGGGAGAAGUGGGAAGAGCCUGCUUGGUUUGCACCCCACAUAGCCACCCCCACCAGGCUGUGCUGAUUAACUGGGCUGCAGGACGCUGUGGUGGGAAGGGCUCUAGGGGGCAGCGGGGAAACCUGGUCAUAGUCGGACCUGGUCUCUGCCUCACUGUGGGACCUUGGGUGAGUCCCUUCCCCGCCCCGGGCUUCAGUUAGCCUGUGCUGUGUAACAGGCCACCCUCAGCUUAGACAACAAUGGUUUAUUCUUUCUGCGGUGCUGUAGCAGGGCUGGUUUCCCUGGGCUCACUCCAGCAGCCCUGCUCAGCGGGGAGAUCAGCCAGGCUGUAAGAUCCAUGAGGGCCUAACUCAUGUGUUGGGCAGUAGGUCUCACUGU